AUGGACAAAGCGCAGUCAAUGCGGCUAGAGUCCUGCUCACCUCCAUCUUGGUGGGAAUUUGCGGUAGACCAUGCUGUUCACGUCUACAACCGGACCCCUUUGAAGCACCAUCAAUGGCAGACUCCUUAUGAGGUCCUGAACAAGGAAGCUCCCGACAUCAAGCACUUACGUGUCUUUGGAUGCGGAGCGUAUGUCUACCUGCCUAAGGAAACCAGACCCAAUAAGUUAUCGCCUAAAGCUGAGCUGAUGACUUACAUUGGUGUCGCUGAUGGCAGCCAUGGCUUCAAGUUCAUGCGCACCAAUAAUAGUGUAGUCACCCAGCCUACUGCGCUGCUUGACGAAGCUAUGUUCCCUAAAUGCUCUAAUACAAAGCGACGGGCAAGCACUAGGCUGCAAAGUGCACCUAAACCAGAAAAUUCUGAUGAUGACUGGAUCACCGAUGACGAUGAGCCAGACUCACGUCCUCCUCCUAACUCCCAAAAGGGGUGA